AUGGCAAACAACACCCAAACGCCCGAAGGCUACGCCCCUUUUGACUUGUAUCCUUACAACCCAUCUCAAGGUCCAGCAUAUGCCUUCUUGGGCCUAUUUGGUGCGGCGGGUAUUGCGCACUUCAUCAUGAUGUUCCCCUAUCGAUCAGCCUUUCCCAUCCCUAUGAUCAUCGGGUGCGGUAGUACGUGGCCUGCCUACUCACGCAGUGAAGACCUGGAAGAGGCAAAGCGAGGCCAGACUAUCAUCAUCGGCGGACUGGUUCUCCAGAUCCUUGCUUUUGCCAUGUUCAUAAUCUGCACUCUCACCCUGCAGCUCAGGCUCCGCUCAAACCCGCCGGUCCAGUGUGUUGCAGGUGUGGUGACGCACUAUCGUCGAUAUUUCAUCGCACUCUAUUGCACCAGCGGCUUGUUCUUGAUCCGCAAUUUGGUCAGGAUUAUCGAGUAUAAGCAAGGUGGUGAUGGCCCUCUGUUGUCGAAUGAAGCUUUCCUAUAUAUUUUCGAUUCUUUUCAAAAUAAUAGAAAAUUCUCAUAUUUAAAUUGCGACGAGGUGAAACCGCAGUGCGGAAAAUGCGUUCAGUUUGGUGUAUGGUGCGACUUCUCUCCUCAACCACCAAUUACCCAGGCUCCUCUCAAUCACCAACCCGAUUAUCAAUUACGGCGCCCAGGGCGCCCCAGGUCAGAUUGGACGUCAUGGGCUGAGCAGAUCCGAUCUCACGCGGCUGAGUCUGCUGCAGAAAGCUCCGGGAAUCUGAAUACUAAUACGAUGGAUCUUGAGCUCUUUCACAGCUACAUGACCAAAACUGCAAGCACUCUUGGCGGCGGUAGCGGUUCCCAGAACCUUCUUUGGUCUGAAGGCGCGCCUCGAGUAGGAUUUCAACACAACUGCAUACUCAAACUUAUACUCUCGUUGUCAUCAUAUCAUCUGGCCCGAAUCAAACCUCUUGAGAAGCAGCAAUAUUCGUUAAUUGCAGAAACGCAUUUGACGGCUGCGUUGCAUUCAGCAACGAUAUUGAUCAGUAAUCUUGGUGGAGAUAACAGCCCAGCUGCGUAUCUGACAUCCGUCUUGAUAUGCUUCGUUGCUCUUGCCAAAGGUCCGAGUCCCGGGAAUCUUCUUCUAACCAACAUCGAAGGGCAAGUUUCAUGGCUUCAUCUUCUUCGGGGUGUACGUUUAGUUGUUGAAUCCACAGGCUGGUCAUCAAUAUUCUCAGGUAUGCUGGCAGAGUAUGCUCCGAUACCUGGCGGCGAUACGUCAGAACACAGCUCAACGACCGAUCCAGCCUUGAUGGUUGACGGCAUCGAAGACUGGCGCUCUUCUUUGAACGGAAUCUCGCAUCUGAUUGCUGAAUUGGCAGAGGAGAAGCUUCACAACGCUUACGAUCGUGAGCUACAAGUGCUCACAGGCUGUUUCGAGAGGAUGUUUGGCAAGGGGCAAGACGCUGCUUUGGAUACAGUCGGUAAGCUUCAGGAUGUUAUAGGCUGGGUCUACCAACUUGGAGACGAUUACAUGGAAGGGUUGCGCCAAAGAGACCUGAUCUCAACAGUCAUCUUGGGACAUUUUUGCGUCCUACUUCGGACAGUUGAGGCCCAGUUUUGGUUCAUGCACGAAUGGGCGGCCCAUAUCAUAGAGGAGAUCCUCGUUAUUUCUCCCAACUCUCGUCAGUGGCUCUCAUGGCCAAUUGCAUACGUAAACCCAGAAGAAUAGUUCAAUGAUAUCCAG